AACAAGGGUUAGUAAUAUAUCCAACGACAUAUUUAGCAUAGAAAUGGUGCGGAAUGUUUUGACGUCAGAGUGUUUUCUUGCCCUUGAUUGCGCGCAUUGGCCCAAAGAUUAGAUCACUACACGAUGACCGAACGACGGACCGCUGUAGGAGAAGCCCACCGAACACCAAUCGUUCACCUGUGCUCGUUGAAAAAGAGUUCUUCGUCACGACGUACAUCACCAAGGAGCCGAUAUACACCGUAGCUGUAAUCAAUCAGAAAAUUUACUCCACUCGCACGCCGAGAGGAAAAGGUUCUCAGAGCUCGUUGGUCUUGCUUUGAUCCAUGCUCAGAGGAUAAACCAGUGACGCCGAAAUAGUGCUUGGCAUGGAAAAUACAAACCCUUUUCAACGGCAAAACGAUUUUGAGAUGUCCGUCAGAGGAGGAAUGAAAGCAGCUGGUGAAGACGUCAGCCAAGAUAUAACAGAUAAUGAGGACAAAACGUAUUCUAUACGACAUUUGAUUCUGGACUAUUGUGAAUACACGUCUGGCCACGGUCCACCGCGCAUCAUCGCCUCAAAACAAACAAUAAGAAAAAUAUUCUGGACGUUGUUAUUUCUUGCAGCAUUGGCGAUGUCUUCAUGGCAAAUAAACACUCUGUUUAAUACGUAUAAGGCAAGACCGCUGAGCACUCAUGUCUCGAUAAAACAUGAAACGAGUCUUGACUUUCCUGUGAUUACAAUUUGCAACUUCAAUGCUGUGAAAAUUGGUAACAUUGAAAAUUUCCCUGAGGAGCUGAAGAAAGAUAUUCAAGCAGAGACUACCAGCUCUAACCCACCGACACGAGGGAAGAGAGCAGUAAACCAACCCUCCUCGUCCAAUAGUCCAAAUAACCUUGACUUCUCCGAAGAGGAAGAGGAAGGAAUUGAGAACCCGGAUGAUCUGGAUGAGGAUUUUAAGAAUAGGGAGCAAAUGAUAAUGAUAAUGGCUGAGGCUGGUGUUGAAGCACUGAAACCCCUUGGUCACCAGUUUAAAGAGUUUUUCUUGUCGUGCAGAUACCGCGGAAUCUCGUGUGGAAAUUUCGCGAGUUCCUAUUGGACAAGCUAUUGGCAUUAUACGUACGGAAACUGUUAUGUUUUUAACGCUGGUAAAGAUAAAUCAGGAAACAGUGCUACAGUGUUGAAGUCUAACAAGCCCGGCCCAUCGCAUGGACUAAACCUCGAGCUAAAUAUUGAGCAAGACGAAUACAUUGGAGCCUUCACAGAGGAAGCUGGGGUUAGGAUAGACAUAUCGAAUCAAGGAGAAAUGUCGUUUCCUCGCGAGAAAGGACUCAGUGCAGCUCCAGGAUUUGCCACGUCAAUAGGAAUACGGAAGGUAGAAAUCCACAGAAAGGAUCCAUUCACCAAAAAACGAUGCCAAAACAGCUCGAGUCUAAGCGACGCAAACCUCUACAAACAUAACUUUCAAGUAAACUAUUCAGCCACGGCAUGCAAGGAAUCAUGUCUCGCUUAUAAUCAGAGAAAAGAAUGCAAAUGUAUGGAGUACAGAUUUCCUCUUCCUAAUGAUAAAACCCCAGUUUGCGACAUCCUAAAUAAAACAGUUGUUGACUGUCUCAGCAAAGUACAGAAGGCAUUUAAACGAAAUGAAUUGAACUGUACAUUGUCAUGUCCACCACCCUGCAGGGAGAGUAUAUUUCAGCUCACAUCAUCAUUCUCAGCCUGGCCAUCCAGUGGUUACAAGCCUUUCUAUAUUGACAAGCUCAACUCGCAGGACAAAUCUCAUAACCUCGAUAUUAAUUCAAAUUCAAGUAAUCUUCGCUCCAAUGUUUUGAAGCUAAACAUAUUCUACGAGGAACUAAAUUAUGAAACCAUUACAGAGGAAAGAUCUUAUGAGCUGGCCAAUUUUGUGUCUGAUCUCGGAGGGUCCCUUGGUUUGUGGAUUGGAAUGUCUGUUCUAUCGUUUGCGGAAGUCCUGGAAUUGUUGCUAUUGAUCGGUUACGCACUAUUUAGGAAAUUUCGAAGAAAGUUGAACGGAAAAAUACGAUCAUCUUCAUUUCAUGGCAAAGGAAAAGGCGUUGUUUGAGAAGUCAUCAAAGACGCUUGGUGGAAUAACAUAGUUAUGAGUUAAUGAUAAUUUAAUAGCUGGAUUAAAUAGAGCAAAAUAUAUGAUCAAUCUAACAACUAUUUAAAAGAAAACUUGUUGUGUCAGAAGUGUCAGAUUGCUAAUAAUUACCUAAGAUACCUUCCAGUUAUUUAUAUAUAAAAAAUUAAUUGUUAAAUUAUAUGCAAUCGUACGCGUUAGAGUAGAGUUUAAUUAAAAGAGGAAAAGAACA